AUGCCCAAGGAAAAGUACGAUCCACCUGAUCCACGGAGGAUGUACACAAUUAUGUCCUCAGAGGAAGCAGCCAAUGGAAAGAAAUCACACUGGGCAGAGUUGGAAAUAAGUGGGAAAGUGAGAAGCUUAAGUUCAUCGCUGUGGACGCUGACCCAUUUGACAGCUUUGCAUCUCAGUGACAAUUCCUUAUCCCGUAUUCCUUCAGACAUUGCCAAGCUUCACAAUCUGGUAUAUCUGGACCUGUCCUCUAAUAAAAUCCGCAGUUUACCAGCAGAGCUCGGAAACAUGGUGUCACUCAGGGAACUACAUUUAAAUAACAACCUGUUACGAGUUUUACCUUUUGAGCUGGGAAAACUGUUCCAGUUACAGACUUUGGGUCUGAAAGGAAAUCCACUCACGCAGGAUAUUCUGAACCUUUAUCAGGAACCAGAUGGGACACGAAGGCUACUGAACUAUUUGCUUGAUAAUUUGGCAGGUACUGCAAAAAGAAUUUCAACGGAACAACCACCUCCAAGAUCUUGGAUUAUGCUGCAAGAACCAGACCGUACAAGACCAACAGCCUUGUUCUCUGUCAUGUGUUACAACGUGCUCUGCGACAAGUACGCCACCCGGCAGCUCUAUGGCUACUGCCCAUCCUGGGCACUGAACUGGGAAUACAGAAAAAAAGCCAUUAUGCAGGAAAUCCUGAGCUGCAAUGCUGACAUCAUAAGCCUUCAGGAGGUAGAAACGGAGCAGUACUACAGUUUUUUCCUGGUGGAACUGAAAGAACGUGGCUACAAUGGAUUCUUCAGUCCAAAAUCUAGAGCUAGGACAAUGUCAGAACAGGAAAGAAAACAUGUUGAUGGUUGUGCAAUAUUUUUCAAAACAGAAAAAUUUACUUUGGUUCAAAAGCAUACUGUUGAGUUCAAUCAACUAGCUAUGGCCAACUCAGAAGGUUCAGAAGCUAUGCUGAACAGAGUGAUGACAAAGGAUAACAUCGGAGUCGCUGUGCUGUUAGAGCUGCGAAAGGAGCUGAUAGAAAUGUCAUCUGGAAAGCCACACCUUGGGAUGGAAAAGCAGCUAGUCCUUGUGGCUAAUGCACAUAUGCAUUGGGACCCAGAUUAUUCUGAUGUGAAGCUGGUUCAGACUAUGAUGUUCCUGUCUGAGGUAAAGAACAUCAUUGAUAAAGCUUCUCGUAGUCUCAAGCCUGGUGUGUCAGGAGAACUUGGAACCAUUCCACUUGUACUGUGUGCAGAUCUCAAUUCUCUACCAGACUCUGGUGUUGUUGAGUACUUGAGCACUGGUGGGGUGGAAACCAACCACAAAGAUUUUAAGGAACUGAGAUACAAUGAAAGUCUUACAAACUUCAGCUGUAAUGGGAAAAAUGGAACAACAAAUGGAAGAAUUACACAUGGUUUCAAGUUGAAGAGUGCCUAUGAGAAUGGUCUAAUGCCUUACACCAAUUACACAUUUGACUUCAAGGGUAUUAUUGACUACAUCUUCUACUCUAAACCUCAGCUAAACAUACUUGGCAUUCUUGGACCUUUGGAUCAUCAUUGGUUAAUAGAGAACAAUAUAAGUGGUUGUCCACAUCCACUCAUCCCUUCUGACCACUUCUCACUUUUUGCACAACUGGAGCUUUUGCUGCCUUUCCUGCCUCCUGUAAAUGGAAUCCAUCUCCCUGGCAGGAGGUAG